UGGUUCCCUCUCACUCGCAGAGCCAUGAUCCGCCGGACUUUCAGAUCCGCUCCCGUGAUCGGUAGCGUUCAGGAAUGCGUUGCCAUGUUCCGCCGCGCAAUCGGCGGAGAAGCAGAAGCCCACGCGAAAGCCAAGUCAGAAUCGGUACGGGGGGAGAAUAGAGGGACUCGCAAUCGUCGUAAUCAUCACAAGGCAAUAGAACCAAAAAUUCGUGGAGAUGUAACCAAAAAACCAAAGAUUCGUGGUGAAGUGAUUCCUAUGGGACGUGCCACUGUUGUGGAUGAUCCUGUUCGCUGUGCGGCCCAAGGAAAGAAGAAAGGGCUGCAAGGACUUGGAAGCACAAUUAGCAGCGGCAAAACUUAGAUAUGGUCCUUGUGGAGUUUGUGGAAAGGAGAAAGACCACACGAGUGCUGGUUGCCCUUACAUGAUACAUAUCCCAAACCCUCUGGAGGUAACUCUUGUUGACGGUAGGUAUGGAAUAGUUUGUGAUUGUUGUACUCAGCCGGGGGGCCACCCUGCUCGCAGGGGUUGGACAGGACGUGCUACUCUCAAGUUAUGUACCUAUUGUAUGGUAUUGGGUGAGCACUGGACUAUAGAUUGCCUGUGCGUUGAGCCCCAACAACGUGAGAAAUGGAGAAAAGAAAUGAGAGAGGAUGAUAUUUUGGGAGAGGAGCCCAAGAAAGAAAAAUUUCUGGACUUAAAGGCAUAUAUGAGGGACUUGCGAAGGAAGUUUGAGUUAAAACUAUACGACGCUUGAGGAAAGGAACGAGGGACAUGGAGCCUGGGGAACUUGAUGUUGAACGCGUGGAAGUGUCAUCUCAAAUUACAGGUCUUGUCUGAAGUGCAGUUACUUUUCUGUUAAGUAUGGAUGAUAUAUGGGAGUUGACCAUUUUACUAAUUAUGAGGUUGGUGAAUUGGUUGUUGGAGUGAUUCCAAGGGACUUUCCAUUUA